AUAAAAUAUAAUGUUUCCGAAUUACUAUCUGAAUUAGAUAAUGAUUAUGUAUGUCCAAUUUGUUUUGAUACAUAUUAUAAAAAAGAAGUUUACCAAUGUAAAGAAGGUCAUUGUUCAUGUAAAGAGUGUUGGAUAAAAUCACUUGAAAAUAAAAAAGAGUGUCCACAAUGUAAAAUUCAAGUAAAGUCAUUUAAUAAACUAUCAAGAGCUAGACAAGUUGAAAAGUUUAUAUUAAAAAGUUGUGUAACAUGUCCAUAUUCAUUCAGAAAUAUUAUUGGAGUAGAUGAAGAAUUAAUAAAAGAUGGUGAUGGAUGUAAUGAAAUUAUUAAAUUGGAAGAAUUAGAUAAUCAUAUUGAAAAUUGUAAAUUUAGAUUUGUAAAAUGUGAAUAUCAUGAAAAAGGAUGUAAUGAUAAAAUCAGAUACAACGAAAAUAAAAUUCAUAUUUCAUUUUGUGAAUACCAACCAUUAAACUGUAAACAUUGUUCUAAUGUUUACUUAUUAAAAAAAAUUAAGCAACAUUAUCUUGAAUGUCCUUCGAUGUUAAUAGACUGUAAAGAAUGUAAACAAAAAAUAAAAAGAGAAGAAAUAGGUAAUCACUUAGAUAAAGAGUGUCAAGAGGUAAAUGUUUCAUGUAAAUUUUCACAAUAUGGAUGUAAUGAUAAAAUAAAAAAAAGAGAUUUAGAAUUUCAUUUAGAUCAUAUAGACCACUCAAAACAUUUAUGUGCAGAAAUAGAUCGUUUAAAUAUUGAAAAUAAUCGACUUUUCAAUAGUAUAAAAGAGUUAAAUAGAGGCAAUGUAUAUAAAAAUACAUGGAAUAUUUUUAACUAUUACAAAAUUAAUCAUAACGUUGGUGAUUAUUUGAAAUCUCCUUCAUUUGGAUAUGCUCCAGAUUUAUUUGAAAUCCACUUUUAUAAAAACGGAAAAAUUAACCAAGGAGAAAUAUCCAUCUAUAUU